GCGCGCUCUCGCUCUCUCCGCCGCUACAGUGCGCGCUCUGAUGCGGCAGCUCCAGUCUCUCUCUCUAUCUCUCUGAUAAUAACACAGCACAGUCAUGGCGACAAUGACAGUCCAUCCGCUCACCCUAGAGCGAGAUGUUGCCAGGGCGAUUGAGCUGCUGGAAAAAUUACAGGAGUCAGGUGACGUCCCGGGUCACAAGCUGCAGUCCUUGAAGAAGGUUCUACAGAGCGAGUUCUGCACGGCCAUUAGAGAGGUCUAUCAAUAUAUGCAUGAAACAAUAACAGUGAAUGGCUGUCCAGAGUAUCAAGCACGUGCCACAGCUAAGGCCACAGUGGCGGCAUUUGCAGCCAGCGAGGGUCAUUCUCACCCACGGGUGGUGGAGCUGCCCAAGACAGAUGAGGGGCUUGGCUUCAAUGUGAUGGGUGGAAAAGAGCAGAACUCACCAAUCUACAUCUCCCGCAUCAUCCCUGGGGGCGUGGCUGAGAGGCAUGGCGGUCUUAAGAGAGGUGACCAACUCCUGUCCGUCAAUGGAGUGAGCGUCGAGGGUGAACACCAUGAAAAGGCUGUAGAGUUACUGAAAGCAGCCAAGGACAGCGUCAAACUGGUGGUGCGUUACACCCCUAAAGUCCUGGAGGAGAUGGAGGCGAGGUUCGAGAAGCUCCGCACCGCCCGCAGACGCCAGCAGCAGCAGCUCCUCAUGCAACAACAACAGCAGCAGCAGCAAAACCUGACCGCCCAGCAGAACCACAUGUCGUAGGCUGUUCCAAAAGAAGAAAAAUUAGAGGACACUGGGUGAGACUUGCAUACUCUCACAGUCAUGAGGAGAUCCAAGAGAUCUCAGAAGAGGACCCUUACUGUUCUCCAGUGAAGAUUAUCCUCUUUCAGUCAACUACCUACAGCUCAAAAAGAUUGAAAACUCCAUGAUAUGUGUUCCAAAUUGGUGCUUGGAAAAAUGUACAUGAUGGCAUAGAGGAAGGCUAGCACUGAAUACAUGGGUUUACACUUGUUCAUAUUUCAGUUGACUGGAACCAACCCUCUUAAAAAGUCCCUCUUAUAGUUUUGUGAUCAUGUGUUUUCUCAACAUUUCUAAAGCAUUCAGUGAUUUGUUUUUACUUUUGUUAUAUUUUUGUUUCCACAGCGCUGUACAGUAACUUUUAGAAGGGUUCUUUUGGUGCUGGUGUCUCUGUGAAUAGAAAGUGCUUUUUAUGUCAAUUGUCCUUGAUUGGAUAACACUGAGGUAUUUUAUACCAUAUUGUAGCAAAGAAUAUUUUGUAAAGAAAGUAGAUUUAGCAAUAACACUUAUUUUGUCACAUUCUACUGUCAAAUUAUGGUUAAAAUGUUAAUUUUAAGCGUGGAAAUUAAUCUUAAGAGGGUAAAGUCACUUCAGAAUGGUAUCUUAUGCACCAUGUGACAAAAGCCAGGCUAAACCAUAAACAUCAUUUGCACAGAAUGUUCUCAUGAGAUCACUGUAUCUUACAUUAUUUUGUACAUUUGGCAUGUUGUAUGGCGGACAUAUUUAAAGGUAAAGUGUGUCCUUUUUGCAUAUACUUUCUCAGAUUUCAACUUAAUAUACAGUACAAAUUAAAAUAUAAGUAAAAAGUGUAAACACUGCAUUGAUAUAUCAAACCAUUGCGCAAUUUGUUUGUGCAUCCAUCCAGUAUCUGGAGUUUGGGGCAGGACUUCAUGUUUGGAAACCAAUAGCCGAAAUAUUUAGAAACAGUCCUAAUUUUCGCAAUUUUGUUUUGUGGCACAGAAAUGACACGCUAUACCUUUAACAGGCCAUUCAUUCAUGACCACUGUACAGUUUUGAUGCGGUUUUAUGGUUGUGAUGUCACUACUGAAAUUAAUUCUAAUUCAGAAAUAUUCUAUUUAAGUUCAGACAUGAUAUUAUGAAAUGAUUUACUGUGAGGACAAACAGAAUGUCAAUCACAGAUACAUGAUAUAUACAAAUGGAGAUACAUCAUUAUAGUAUUUUGUUAUUUUAAAGCUCUAUUUUCAAGUCUAUUAUCUCAGAUGUUUGAAAGAUUAUUAAUUGUGGUGUUCUGUGUCAUUCGAUAUUUCACAUAACCAACCACCUCAUUCACUAGAAACAUUGUAACAUUGUCCUGUUUUGACAAUCAAUUUAAAAAGCACGCAUUAAGCCAAUGCAUUUUGUUUUUAUUUUAAAAAAUAAUAUUAUUUUUUUCAGAGCUUCAUACCCUCAACACAAACUGUCUAUCCAUUGCAGUGCUGUAGUUGUACUGUUAGUUAAAGUCUUAUAGAAGCCAAACUGUAAAUCAGCAAGUAGUUGAAGACCACCAAUAAUCAAAGGUAAUAUUGUAUGUGUUAUUGUAAUUUGAUUUGAUGGUUUUCCUGAUGUAGGACUUUGGUA